UUGGUAUAUUCUUUUCUAUCCUGUAGUUUGUAGUUUCCCUGAAUCAAGCCAAGUAUCACAACUCUUUCUACCCAUCCUCUAUAUUGUCCCCUUUGUUCCGUGUUGAAAUAGAACCUUAAUUUAUUACUUAUUAUUAGAAUUAGAUUUUAGAUUGUUAGAUUAGUUAGUGAUUAGAUAUUAGUAUUAGACGAGAUUUUACGAAAAAUUUUUUUUUUUUGAUUUCUUUAUAGGAGAGGACAAAUCUCUUUUUUUCGAUGCGAAUUUGAUACGACAUAGGAGAAGCCGCCCUUUAUCAAAAAUUAUAUUAUUAUAUUAUUUUUAAUAAUAAAAGGGGGUUCCAACAUAUUAAUAUAUAGUGAAGUGUUCCCCCAGAUUCAGAACUUUUUUUCAAUACUCACAAUCCUUAUCAGUUAAUAAUCCUAGUGAUUGGAUUUCUAUGCUUAGUCUGAUAGGAAAUAAGAUAUUCAAAUAAAUAAUUUUAUAGCGAAUGACUAUUCAUCUAUUGUAUUUUCAUGCAAAUAGGGGGCAAGAAAACUCUAUGGAAAGAUGGUGGUUUAAUUCGAUGUUGUUUAAGAAGGAGUUCAAACGCAGGUGUGGGCUAAAUAAAUCAAUGGGCAGUCUUGGUCCUAUUGAAAAUACCAGUGAAGAUCCAAAUCGAAAAGUGAAAAACAUUCAUAGUUGCAGUAAUGUUGAUUAUUUAUUCGGCGUUAAAGACAUUCGGAAUUUCAUCUCUGAUGAUACUUUUUUAGUUAGUGAUAGGAAUGGAGACAGUUAUUCCAUCUAUUUUGAUAUUGAAAAUCAGAUUUUUGAGAUUGACAACGAUCAUUCUUUUCUGAGUGAACUAGAAAGUUCUUUUUAUAGUUAUCGAAACUCGAGUUAUCUGAAUAAUGGAUUUAGGGGCGAAGAUCCCUACUAUAAUUCUUACAUGUAUGAUACUCAAUAUAGUUGGAAUAAUCACAUUAAUAGUUGCAUUGAUAAUUAUCUUCAGGCUCAAAUCUGUAUAGAUACUUCCAUUAUAAGUGGUAGUGAGAAUUACGGUGACAGUUACAUUUAUAGAACCAUUUGUGGUAGUGAAAGUCGAAAUAGUAGUGAAAACGAGGGUUCCAGUAGACGAACUCGCACGAAGGGCAGUGAUUUAACUAUAAGAGAAAGUUCUAAUGAUCUCGAGGUAACUCAAAAAUACAAGCAUUUGUGGGUUCAAUGCGAAAAUUGUUAUGGAUUAAAUUAUAAGAAAUUUUUGAAAUCAAAAAUGAAUAUUUGUGAACAAUGUGGAUAUCAUUUGAAAAUGAGCAGUUCGGAUAGAAUUGAACUUUUGAUUGAUCCGGGUACUUGGGAUCCUAUGGAUGAAGACAUGGUCUCUCUGGAUCCCAUUGAAUUUCAUUCGGAGGAGGAGCCUUAUAAAGAUCGUAUUGAUUCUUAUCAAAGAAAGACAGGAUUAACCGAGGCUGUUCAAACAGGCAUAGGCCAACUAAACGGCAUUCCCGUAGCAAUUGGGGUUAUGGAUUUUCAGUUUAUGGGGGGUAGUAUGGGAUCCGUAGUCGGAGAGAAAAUCACCCGUUUGAUUGAACACGCUGCGAAUCAAAUUUUACCUCUUAUUAUAGUGUGUGCUUCUGGGGGGGCGCGCAUGCAGGAAGGAAGUUUGAGCUUGAUGCAAAUGGCUAAAAUAUCGUCUGCUUUAUAUGAUUAUCAAUUAAAUAAAAAGUUAUUUUAUGUAUCAAUCCUUACAUCUCCGACAACUGGUGGAGUAACAGCUAGUUUUGGUAUGUUGGGGGAUAUCAUUAUUGCCGAACCCAAUGCCUACAUUGCAUUUGCAGGUAAAAGAGUAAUUGAACAAACAUUGAAUAAAACAGUACCCGAAGGUUCACAAGCAGCUGAAUACUUAUUCCAGAAGGGUUUAUUCGACCUAAUUGUACCACGUAAUCUUUUAAAAAGCGUUCUGAGUGAGUUAUUUAAGCUCCACGCCUUUUUUCCUUUGAAUCAAAAGGAAAGCAAAAUCAAGUAGAGCACUAAGUUCAAUUAUUUUAUUUGUGUUUGUAGCA